AUGUUGGACUGCAUGCUGUCAGUGCUCAAGGAUUACAUUCAGGAGGAAGUAAAGGCCGCUGAUUUUAUCGCCAUUCAGGCAGACGAGAUGACUGACAUUUCCACACACUGUCUGCUGGUGCUUGUGCUACACUACAUCCAUGCCAACAAAAACAGUUCUGAAGUGGCAGACUCUGAGAGGGGUCAUGAGGACCCAGAAGUUUCAAGCUCAUCCACAAACCCACCAGAGGACCCAACUGACAUCACAAAGUUUGAAUUUGAAAUGAGUACACCUGCAGGGAAUGUUGAUGAGCUGGAGCUGAUACAGGUGAUGGAGGACCCUGAGGAUGUCAAACAAGGCAAUGUUAAAAUAGAGGAUGACCCUGAGUCACUUACACUACAGCUGCCUUCAUCAGAUCUAGCUGUAGCUCCUUCAUCCACCUCCAUGCAAGCGUUCCCACAAAUCACCUCACCUCCAUUACCGGAGAACGAAGGCGAUGCUUUGCUGGUUUUAGUGCCAUCUGUGGGGAGUGACACAGGGCUAAGCGGUCCUGUUGAGAGCCCUGAUAAAGUGCACCGCUGCAACAUUUGUGGCCGGGGAUUUCGACGUUUCUACUGCUUGAAAACACACCAGCGCAUUCAUACGGGAGAGCGCCCGUAUCCUUGUAGAUACUGCGAGAAAUGUUUCCGCCAUUUAGACAGCUUACACAAGCACCAGCGCAUUCACACAGGAGAGAGACCCUACCGCUGCGCACAGUGCGGAUGCAGCCUCAGAGAACUGGGUCAACUCAAAAAGCACAGACUCAAACACUCACCCACAUUUGUUCCAGUGGCUCAUACUGCCUUCCCUCUCCUCCCAGCCGGACCCUCUUAUGUAUGGCCACAUCUCAACUCCCAGUCUUUGGAUUCAGUCUAAAAUACAGAGGCCUGGUGAACAGAAGACAGUUGCAUUUAAUUAGUAGAUAGAUGUUUUUUAUUUUGUGGCAAAACACUCAUCUGAUUUAGUUUAUUCAUUCAAUAACAGUUUGGUCCAAUCAUUUGGACA